ACUCAACUAUUGAUUUCUCAUUCACUUCCGAAAAUGCUUCUAUUUUCCUUAAUUUUUACAUUUGUAAGUGCCAUUUCAGCAAAAGACGAAAAUGUUUUAAUGACCGAAGUGUUCGAAAUCAUUGUAAACCCCCCCAUGUUCAACUGGACAUACGAGGGCAAAGCUGAUCAAUUUGUUUAUCAACCAUCGCUCCUAAACGCCCCUGAUUUACCCUCAUGGAUAAACUACGUCUUCAGUCCACUACACCACUGUGGAUACUUAUUUGGGGUACCCCCGAGCCAAAACAACGCAAAUAUUCAGUUGGAAGUCAUUGCUUUGAAUCGCAAAACGUACGAAACCAGACAUGAACAUAUCAAUAUACAUGUCUCAGAAAAAUUAAAUCCUGCGAAAUAUGAAGUGCAUAUGAAAAUUGAUAAUUUGAACGUUGAUAAUAUGUUUGAAGUAGAAAGGAUGGACAGCUUGAAGGAUAUUUAUAGGAAGGUGUUGUGGAAAGACAGUGAAAAUGACCUCUAUGUCACUUUUCUUUCGUCUGCGAUUAAAUUAGGGGCAAGGAAACCUUUGAACCCCACCGAGGGCGAAGGAGUUGUUUUAAGAUUAGGAAGCCAAUCACCAUUUUCGCCUGAAUUAACAGAACUUCAGGAGGAAGUCAGACCUCUGUGGAAGGCGUCUUACCCAUGCCCUCGCGAUUUUAAAAGAACUAAAGUAGAAAGACUGUUUCGAAAUUCGGGAUUUCACAUGGACUGGUGUUCCUUUAGACUCAUCGAUGACAAUAACUCAGCGCUUCAUCAAAGCGUAGCCAAAGAAAAACUGCUAAAUUCAGUCGAAAACGCGUACGAGGACCGCUGGGAGACAGUCUUGAAAAGUGAGGUGCCGCAAAGAAGUUAUCUUCAUGAAUUUUUAUUCACAAUUUUGGUACCCAUGUUCGUCAUGAUUUUCCUCGCUUUGGUACUUUCCCUAAUUCUGUGCUUCCAUCACGAGGGGAUAAAAGACACCGAGAGCGAAGUUUUUUUCUAUAACUUGUUUCACAUUUGUGAUGAUUAUUACAGAUCGAAACGUAUGGAAGACACGCCCCCCGACGAACUCAACCAAUACGCGACGAUCCAUCGCGCCACCCAAUCAUUGCGAAGCUUGUCAAACAAUCGCGAAAUGACCCUAUCACCUGACCCUAUUCUACUGUCAAGAAGUCACACUAAUAGCCCCACGUCGACUAUAAACCGAGGAGUGCACUGCCGGCCCAACCCUCCACCCUACGUACGGCCAAAAUACAAACCAGAGUUGUGACAAGAGAAAGAAAGGACUUGGUAUUGUUAAACAGAGGGCGCUCUACUUAAUUUGGUAGCCAAGUUGAUGUAUAGUUCUAGAUUUUAGACUAGAAAACAAACAAUAAAUGUAACAGAUUUA